UACAUAAUAAAAUUUAAGUUAUAGGUAAUUUCUCACGUAAUACACCAAUACAUAAAUUGUGUUGCGCAUAAACGAACAUUCACAACGAUAUUGGAAUAAUGUCACUGUAGAGUGGGGUAACACUUUUAAAUGUGAACGCAGGCUGGAAAGUAUCAGCUGAUCGGAAGGCCAAACUGGAUAAUAACAAAAAUCACUAGAUUGUUAGCGCCAAGUAAACAAGUAUAUUCGACUCGAUGAUUUCAGACAGUCAGAAGAAAGGACUGCGGGAGUUACUUCUAAAUGACAAUAACUUAACUGUCCUGCUACAGUUGGCCAAAUGCGCCACCAAAAAUGUGUGCAAAACCGAAGACCCGGAGGAGGCCCUUCGUCUGAUCACUACACACAUUCCAGACAUUUACGUACUGCUUUCCAAGCGCGCUAUAACGAAGGAACUCCUCUUUACGUAUUUGAGCAAUCGACGCGCUGACGCAGCCACAGACUUUAGCAAGGCAGACCUCAUAGCCAAGGUUAUACAGUAUUGGAAGCAGGAGCAUCAAUCAAGCAUAGAGCUUUCCGGAGACCAGACAUCCAGCUCACUUCAUAAUCAGAGCGAAGAGGAUUAUCCCAUUCACAAGAUUGCGCGCAAGUUCGGCGAGUGGUUCUUCGAACGCUUCAACGCAGACGCCCUCAGUCUGGUGGAUUUGUGGGCAGAUGCGACCCUACAUCUAACGAUCAGAGCCAGUGAUGGAAUCAAUGAGCUGGAGUGUACGACGGCUGCCGAGGUGUUAUCGGCACUAACGAGCGCUAAGCAGCAGUUUGACUUUUACUUUAAUCCGAACCUGACGCACGCCGGAAUUCAGGGUCGAAUGGACUCGUACGGGCAGUUCUUAGUGAUCUGCUGCGGCACUCUGCACUCCCGUGAUAGCUGUGUCGGAAUCUUUGAAUGUGCCUUCGGGCUACUGCGGGACCCCUUGGCUGACAACAACUGGAAACCCAAAAAAGUGAAGUGCUUACUUAAAAGUGAAGCUCAGCCCCCAGCCCCCUAUCUGUGCUCGAGCGAAAUUCUGCACACAGCUCUGGAGCUGCCAGUAUCCACUGAUGACUUGAACUAGCGGACUGUUAUGUAUCAGCGCGUCCACAUGAAGUAUAAUUUUAAAAGGUACUGAAUACUUACUUGGACAGAACUACCGUAAUCAAUUAGCUCUAUGAAUGUUUUAAUCAAUAUACUCACGAGUUGAAACUGCAA